UAAUAAUUAUCGAAUUCGAAAGACCAGAGGAGUGGUCGACUUCAUUCAUUGACGAUCCGAUCCAUCUGAGAUACACAUACAAUAAAAUACAAUACAAAUUCCAAGGAUUUUUAUUUUUCUUUUCAGUUUUGCUUUCCAUGGGAACUCGGAGAAAUCCCAAUCGUUGGUUCCCGUCAAGCUCCUCCAACUCCAACUCUACCGCCGCCUCCACCUCUACCCAAGAAGAGAUAAGUUUAUACUUGAAGAUCAAAAAGACAGUGGGCUUAAAGUUUAAACGGUAUGGGAAAAUUAGUGAACUCAAAGCAUUUUUACGUGAGAAGGAAGGCAUUUCUGAGAGUCAUCAGCAGCUCUUUUUUUCUGGUAAUCAGCUCAAGGAUGACCAAAGGUUGCUGGAUUAUGGUAUACAGCAGGGCUCCACUCUCCACCUUGUUAGCCAGGAUUUAGCUGGAAUGAAGAUAUAUGUUAGAUUACCAUCAGAUCAGAGAACCAUUGUAGUUGAAGUGAGGACUUGUGAUACUAUCCAAAACAUCAAAUCAAUCAUUCAAGCCAAGGAGGGGAUUCCGUCAGAUCGGUACACUCUUAUUUAUGAUGGAAAACUACUUGAAGAUAAUGGGAUUCUAGCCUCACUCAAUAUUUCAAAUGAGUCAACCCUUCAUUUGGUUUUCAAUCCAAAAGAUGCCAUACAAAUUUAUGUGGGAGUAGGGACUGAAGAGAUUGUGAAACUGGAAGUUAAACUUUUGUUUACCAUUCAUGAUGUCAAAGCAAUAAUUGGGGGCAUGAUAGGUGUCCCGGUGAAUGAUUGGGAUCUGGUCUAUGCUGGGAAUAAACUUACGGGUUGCAAAACCUUGGCUUCUUGUGGCAUUAAAGAUGGAACUGUCUUAUCGAUGUUUCCUGCCAUGAUCCAGAUAUUUGUCAAGACAUGGAGUGGGAAGACCAUUACUCUUUAUGUACAACAUCAUUAUACCAUCAGGAAUGUCAAAGACAGGAUUUUUCGGAAACUGAGGAUUCGUUGUGAUUUUCAGAAUAUUUUAUUUGCUGGAAAAAUGCUUGAGGAUAACCGUGAUCUAGCUAGUUAUGGUGUCCAGAUGCAUUCCACUCUUAGUAUGGUUUUUUCACCUUCACAAACAAUCAUUCCAAUGCGAAUAGAUUGCAUUGUGAACCCAAUUCAGAGAUUUACCACCAUUUGCAAUUUGAAGGCUAUGAUUGAGAAGAAAAGGCGAUUUCCAGUGAAGGAAAUAUUCUUUCAUGAAGAAGCGCUGCAGGAUCACCGUUCACUGGCAGAUUACGGGAUUAACAGUGAUUCAAUUGUAAGGGUUGUCACAUACAAAAGUAAAGUUUAACCCUGUAAUGGAAUCUGCAUGGCGUUUGGAAACAUUAACUGGACCUAUCAGAGGUGGGCCGUGAUUUAUAGGACUUUGUUUUAGAUGGUAAUAUUUGAACGGAAAGAUUAUUAAGGUUCUUUAUUUUCUACUUAUGUUUUCCUCAUGUGCUUUUGUUUGACAUGCACAUGGUUUUUUGUUUGUCAUCAAACGAAGCGUAUGAGGUUCACUAGAAUCACUACCUAAGAAACUUGUUUCUCUUUAUAUACCCUUUCGUUUUCCACUAUAAUAUUUAUUCAGUAAAUUCGAGGAAUGCAUGUUUCUUAUAAA